UUUACGUCGUCGCCGCCACUUGGAAUGCGCAGUUCGAGGUCCAGAGCAAGCAAUGCGAGUGGGCACAGCUGUGGGCCAACGCUGUCGCGAGUGCUCCCGCCUACCGUCAGCGAGAUCCCGCCAUGUGCCGCGGGGGACUCGCCCGUUCCGUCCCCACAUCGUCGAAGCAAUAUGCGUCGGAGCCGACAAUCAGUUCCUCGAUUGAGCUUAAGUCCUAGUCCGCGUCGGUCGGCCAUUCAUGCUCCUCGAGCAGUGGCCAGGCUCUUUCACCAGUUUGCCUCGUACAACAAAGACCAGAUCCUGGACGCGGACAGGUUAGAGAGCGAGCUGAACCAAAUGGCCAACGACAAUGCGAAGCUGAUGCGCGAUCCCAACAAAAAGUACAUUUUGUCCAUGCAUUCCCCCUUCAAGAUGUACUGGGACUCGGUGCUUGCCUUUGCCACGUGCUACGCGCUCAUUUACAUCCCUGCCAACAUUGCGUUUGGCCUGAGCGACACAAAUCGAACCAUGUUCGACAUCCAAGUCAUCGUGGACACCCUCCUCGUCCUGGACGUCCUCGUGCGGUUCCAAACGUCGUACGAGGACCCGUUCACGCACCAGGAGGUGUUUGACGCGGCGCGGAUCCGACAGCGAUACAUCGUGCGAUGGUUCGCACUCGACUUUUUGGGCAGUGUGCCGUCGUCGUUCCUCGGCCGGGGCGCUUACAUUCGAUAUCCGUCGCUCAAGUUUAUACGACUGUGCAUCAUUUUGCGGGCGGUGCACAUGGCCCAGUCGACGGUGUUCGUGACGUUCAUGCACAGGAUGAGUCGGCGGAUGAACUCGAGCUUGUUGCGACUCUUUUUGCUUGGAAUUCUCUACCUCGUCGCGCUUCAUUACGUAGCGUGCGGGUACUACGUCAUGACGGCAUGGGAGAAAAACGAUAGCAAGUGGGCCAUCCCAUUUGUCGCCAACGACACGACGGCGGUCAAGUACAUCGGGUCCUUUUACCAAGCGCUGGCCGCGACGUCGGGCGCGUCGCUGAACCCCAAGACGAUGGUCGAAAUGCACGCAACGAGUACCCUGCUCCUCCUUGGGAUCGUUGUGAAUGCAAGUAUAUUUGGGACGUGCGCAACUCUGAUGAAGCAAGUGAACCUGGUGGCGGACGAGCAUGCGAGGCAGGUCGACGCGAUCCGCACGGGGCUCAUUGCACACCACGCAACAGAAGACCUCCAAGCACGCAUCAUGCACUACUACGACAGCGUUCUGGGCGAAGAGAAAGCGCAUGUGGCGACCGCGACGGGCCUCGAAGGGCUGCCUCCCAAGCUCAACGUUCAGCUCACGUUGAUGCUGCAUGUUGACUUUUUGCGCAAAGUGCCGCUGUUUUACACGAUGGAAUUGGACGAUAUCGUAGCCCUCGUCCAGGGGCUCGAACGAGUCGUCGCUCUCGCUGGGGAAGUCAUCGUUCGCCAGGGGGAAAUCGUACGUUUUGCGUGGCGGAGAUUGUGGUGCAGACGAGCCGUUGGCUAGCACGAGAUCGAUGCGUAGGACCUGGCGCUGUACAUGAUCGAGGCCGGAACAGUCGACGUCGUUCUCACCGAGCCCCACUUGCCCCGCGCGGGCAAGUCCAAACCCCACCGUGUUGUGCUCAACCAGUUGCACGCGGGGGACGUGUUUGGCAGCCUCGACACGGACAAGGCGCCAGCCACGAUUGAAGCAACUGCGCUGUGUUCGCUGCAUGUACUGACAAAAGCCACCCUCGACGCGAUCACGCGGGAAAACGACCGGCUGCGGGCGGCGCUGCUGCAUACUCAACUCAACAAAACGCCGCUCGCCGCGGCCGCCGCCAAGAAAUGGGCGUCAAGUCGGAAAAAGGAAACUAAACUGUCGCCCCUUGAAGCGAUCAUGAAGGACGUUCGCAUGAAGCACAUGGCCCAGCGCAUGCUCCGCCGGCAGCCCAAGUCGCUCCGAUCUCUUUUCCCCAACGGCGUUCUCGAGGAAAGCGGCAGGGUCAACUCCGCCAAGGCUCGAGAACGAGAGAAGGCACUCAAGAUGCUCCAGAUCCUAAAAGGCAAAGUUCAGCUCGACGUAGCUACGAUGCAGUACGUGAACCACCUCACUCACGUCGGUGCGAAGCGGAUGGCGGGCGCGAAGCGAAUUAAGCGCAGCAUAUUGAGCGAAGCGUCGGCGCGGCAGAGCUAGCUGACAACGAAAGAGCGGUCACUGUCAGCGAAUGAAGCAACGUGGCCACGUCGUGCGGCGUCUUCUGUACUCAGUCCAAGUCGAGGGAGUGCAUUGGGCUUAGGCAGGCCAUGAUACUGGUACAAGCUUUCGUGGCAUGGCGGCGACAAGGUCUUGGGACCGCACUUACAAGUCAUGGAUGGCUGUUGCAAGUUGAAACACUGGAAACCGUGCGGAAGUGUGUCAAAUGAAUCAAAUUCUGGCAGGACCGACGUGGAAGCAGAGCUAGUCCCUCCGCUAGGUCGGUACAACGUCCCUGGGCUACCGAACGCGACAUUGAAUUGAAAGAGCCAUUCAACGCA